AUGCAAGAUGUGAGAUCAGCAUUUUAUUUUUUUGGCAUUUUUAGAAUCCCUUUGUUUAAGAUGAGAACAAUCCGAGAUGGUCUCGCAGAUGCUGGGAUCACACGGGAGCAGCUUAGAGAGAAAUGGCAGCAAAAGCAUGGCAAGCAGUAUGGGGGUCCAUGGCCAGAGCCACUGUCAAACUAUCUUGAUGCACAGUACUAUGGUGAAAUCAUGAUCGGAACUCCAGGACAGAAAUUUAAAGUUGUCUUUGACACUGGGUCUUCUAACUUAUGGGUUCCUUCCAAAAAAUGUUCAUUCACAGAUAUUGCCUGUUGUAAGUAUAGAAAUUAUAGCCUCGUAUGUUCCUUCCUCUGUUGUUUUAUUCCAAGUCACUAAUUAGGAACCCAUGAUUGUAGGCAACCAGCUCUAGACAUGACCACUUUGUUGAAUUAAAAUUUAGUCACUUACAAGAACCUUGACUCACAAAUUGAAAUUUCAAGAGUGAAGAAGGACUUAAAAUGUUAACCUUGUACUACUCUUCUGAAUCUCCAGUACUACAUAACAAAUAUGACAGCAGCAAGUCAAGCACUUAUGAAAAAAAUGGAACAGCUUUUGCAAUCCAAUAUGGCAGUGGCAGCAUGAAAGGAUUUCUAAGCACUGACACUGUUGAUGUAAGUGUGAAAAAAUUAUGAUAUUAGUCAUGUAACAGAUUGACCAGGUUGUGACUCAGACUCACUGUCAAUAUACAAUUGAGUGUUAUUGUAUCAUAGCUAUGUACUUUAAAACAAAAGUUUUGAGGAUUGCAUGAGUUAUAAGCUACAUUGUACAUGCAAAAAGAGUUGUUUUGUCAAGGCUUCAUUUUUGUCAAUGGUUGCAGUGUGUUUAAUUUCUUCCUUGUCAGCCCAAUCUCACUGCUUUAUCAUUUUAAUGGCUUGAAUGAAUCAAAAAUUGUGCCGGUGGAGGCGAGGGUUGGGGUACUCCCUAAUUUAGGCCAUAUAGGUAUGUGCCAGCCCAUCAGGUAGGGUUUUUGCACUUUUUGGGUCUGAAAAUGGCUAUAGAUUUUGAGUUUGGUCUGGAAUCGGAUAUGGGUUUUGAGGAAACUGUGGGAGUGUAUGAACGCAUAUUUUAUUGUUUCAAUUCCAAAUGAGUAAGAAAGAAAGAGAAAUAUGCGAAUUCUAAAUGGAUUUGAAGAAUCUUUUUGUUUGCGCUCUAACAUUAGUAAUAAGGACAUAAUUUUUGCCUAAAGGCCAGGUCUGAAAACAGGUAUGGACUUUAGAGGUCUCGUCUGAAAACAGGGGUGAAAAAUGACAAUUUUUGGUCUGAAAUAGGGUCAGGAUUUGAAGAACCAGGUGGCACACCCCCACCAAGAAUUCCCAGAAGUAUCCACCCUGGGAAACUGAGGGAGUGGCUUUUGUAAAAAGUUUCAAUUUUCUUUUGUCCUGACAGAGGUGAUAUAUGUACAUGUACUUUAAAAAGUACUUAUCAUGAAGGAAAUUUUUUGUCUUACUUUUUGUCAUUUUAUUUUGUUUCCCGAUAUUGUCCCAGUAAGAAUUUUCAUUUGCCUUUUGACCUAAAGUACUCUUUGCUUGCAAUGUUCACCAAUAUUGAUUGUUCACUACAAGAACUGAUUUUCCAGGAAAAUGUAAGGGCUAUUUUCAUUAUUGUAGGUUGGCAGUUUAAAGGUGACACAUCAAACCUUUGCUGAAGCUACCAGUGAACCCGGAGUGGCUUUUGUUAUGGCCAAGUUUGAUGGAAUCCUUGGGAUGGGAUAUCCCACAAUAUCGGUUGAUCAUGUCCCUCCAGUUUUCCAGGGGAUGGUCCAACAGAAACUUGUUCCAGAACCCAUUUUCUCCUUCUACUUGGACAGGUUUGUUUGUUUAUGCUAAAAGUAACAUACUGACAUAAUCAAAAAGUCAAUCAUCUUAUUUCAUAGACCUUGCUUUGCAGACACCCUGGUUACACAAACUCGAUCCAAUUAAAAAAUCUGCCAAAAAAACUUCUUCAAAGAGUAAUCAAAUUCAACAAAGAAUUACAGCAAAAUUUCCAGGUUGUAGAUAAAAUUUGGAAAACUCUGAAGGGUUUUUUUUUUGGCAGAGUUUUUAAUUACAGGAAAUUGGCAUGUAGAAAAAUACAGGCUGUUAAUUUUUAUUAGAAUUGAUUUACUUAUUAAGAAAUUAAUGUGUUUUAUUGGCAGUAAGAAUUGUCACUUUCUGGUUUGUAUUGCUCAAAUUUUGUAUCAAAGCCAUCUUAAUUUACAUAUGAAAAGUUAUUGAAUCCUUAGAAAUGCAUCAAAUACAGAGCAAACUGUGAUAAGCAGUAAUUCAGAUCUGCAUAUGUCAAGUUAACUAGAAAUAGUCUGUGGAAUAUUAAAGGCCCCAAGUGACUCCUGAUCUAAACAAAUGUACACCUUUCGUUGAUUUUUUUUGACACUUUUCUGGGCAAAACUGUAAUCAUGAAAGAAAUGAAAUAAAAAUAAUUAACUAUAAUUACAAGAAUAAGUAAAAACCAAUUGCAGAUCCCCAAAAGGACAAGUGCAAAUGGGACCCUAGACCCAUGCAAGGCACUGCCCUGUUGUUACUUAUAAUUAAAAUUUCAAUAACAAUGCUGUUAAAUAGCUUAUUUUACCCUUGGAAAAAAAUUAAUUCAAACCCUAGAAGUAUGCUAACAAAAAUCAUAAGUGAAUUAAAAAAACACAGGAAAGUGGAUGUGGUAGGCACAGUCACUUUAACAUGUGACAGGAUGAUUCACAAGUGUAUUCAAGACAAAGUUUAUUAAUUUGAAGAAAAAAAUUAAUAGUCCAUUAUUGCCUCCCUUUUCAGUGUAUUAUUUACCUGUAAUGUACAGUACAUCCUUGAAGAAAUCCAUCAGGCUAGUGAAGUUAAUAUAUAUUUAAAUGUUCUCAAAGCAUAGCCAGUCUUAACGUCUUAAUGAUGCUGACAGUUUCGAUGACUGCUGAAAGUCAUCGAAACUGUCGGCAUCAUUAAGACGUUAAGACUGGCUAUGUUUUGAGAACAUUUAAAUCAAUGUACAGUACAGUUCUAGUAACUGAGAUUUUGUUGUCCUCAAAAGGAACCCCUCUGGCAGCACCGGAGGUGAGCUUAUCCUUGGUGGCUCUGAUCCUAAGUACUACACUGGUAACUUCACUUAUGUUCCAGUCAGCAAGAAAGGCUACUGGCAGUUUAAGAUGGAUGGGUAAGUUUUUGUUUCUUUCCGGCUCUAUAACUGGCUCAGGGUAUACCAUUAAUUACAAGAAGCACAACUUACCAAUAUAGCCCAUUACUUGUGUGUGCCUUGCAUUUGUCAAGUCGAAACUAUUUUGAGCCCUUGAAACGGUGUAAAUUUGGUUCAUUUCCCCUUCACAUCCCCAAGCAUGGGUUUCAUUUGAGGCUAGCUGGAGGCCAGAACAAAUUUACAGCAAUUUGUUAUUUUAGACCCUGAACUUUCACCAGAAACAUAUUAUUUUUAUUUCUUAGGUGAAAGUAAAUAUCUCAUAGUAGCCACUUGUUUCUCCUAUGAAUUUGCUGCUUGAAAAAGCGUUACUGAAGACCUUUCCUUUGGCUGAAUAAACAUAAUAAUCAAACAAUUAUUACUGCCAUUAAUUUUUUAAUAGUAUCAAUGUUGGUGGAACAGCUUUCUGUGAGGGGGGCUGCCAGGCCAUCGCUGACACUGGUACAUCUCUCAUUGGUGGACCUACUGCCGAAGUCAAGAAGUUAAAUGCACUGAUUGGAGCUUCACCCGUUGUUAGCGGGGAGGUAUGUGCAUUCAACCAUUUGUCAAAAUGUAGUUGGGUACCAGCAAAUUAGCCUGAGAAAACAGAUGUAAUUUUGCAACACCCCUAUUAGUUUCUGUGGAAACUGAUGUCUGAGAAAUGAGCAGAGAAAUUCCAUGCUGUCCCGACUGAGUAGUGCUUCAAAUUGGAUAAAAUUUCAACCAGUCAGAAACACUACCCAGAUCAAGGUAAUGAGGCAUCAUCAGUUUUAAAAAUUUCUGUGCUCGUUCCUCACACAUCAUUUUGCUUGAAAACUAAUGAUGGUGUCGUGAAAUGUUGGCAGUUUUGUCAGGUUACAAGUAAAGCUAAAUGCAUAUAGCUCUGAUAUGGGUAAAUGUUCUAAGAGGACUAUUUAUUGUGGUGAUUAUAAUGCAUUUCAUAUAUAUUUUUUAAUUAAUAGUACGUGAUUGACUGCAGCAAGAUUGAUUCCCUUCCACCGAUCGACUUUAUUCUGGCUGGAAAAAAUUUCACUCUCACUGGAAAGGAUUAUGUUCUGAAGGUUUGUACAUUGAUUUUCAAGAAUAAUCUAUCAUCAGAAACUCGUUUCUGCUACCAUGCAACAGCACAGUACCAGUUUGAAGUAAACCUGUCAAAAUUUUCAUCUAUGUAUCUAUUUCACCUAUGUUUAUAUUAACCUGAGGUUAAGGUAUACAGGCACACUUUGAAAAGAGUGGUAAGAUCUUGUAAGAUGUCCUCCACUAGCAAGAAAUAGUACUAAAGCAAAAUGUUUAACUGUAUUUCUUUAGUUUUGGGUGCAUUACAUUCUUCUGACCCUAGUUGUUCAGAAGUUGGAUAGCGCUAUCCACCUGAUAAAUCACUAUCCAGCAGUCAAGUAUUGGGAAACGAAUUGUGUUAGCCUGCACUCAAUAGAGAUUUAUCCAGUUAUCUAGCGUAUAGUGUUUGCUAUCCAGCGGACGAGUAUGCAGGAAACUGAUUGUGUUAUCCACUCGAGAUUUAUCCAGUUACCGUAAAAUUCCAGAAAUAAGCCCCGGGGCUUAUAUUUUUCAAAAGCCCUUUUUGAGGGGCUAAAAUAUAUAUUCGGAGGUGCUUAUAUCUACGGAGGGAAAUUUUUGUUGUGUUUGAAAGUUGAUUAGGCUAGCCUUAUAGUGGGAAGGAAAUUUACCCUUUUUGCUUUGUUUUAAUUUGUAUUUGAGGGAAAUUUCCAAGUACAAGCCCUGGGUGGGUUAUAUAUGGAGGGGCUUAUUUUCGGAAUUUGACGGUAUCUAGUGGAUAGUGUUGGAUAGCGCUAUCCACUUGAUAGAGAUUUAUCUAGUUAUCUAGUCAGGGCUGUCAUUGAGAGGCAGGGGCUGGGAUGUCCCCUGGCUACUAAGAAAGUGGCCCCCAGCUACUUCCAAAGGAAAAUAGAAGAAAAAUGGAACCAAAAGAAAUCCUUAGCUGUUUGAUUGCCCGCCUACUUGUUAUAUUUACCUGGCAACUUGAAAUCUUAGUGACAACCCUGUAAGGUGAAAAGUGUUAUCCAGCUUCCAAACAACUUGGACCUGAAAUUUAAAUUUUAUCUUUCUUUCGCUUUCGUUAUGGUGACCUUGAUUUUGAAUCUGCUCCUUUGGUGUCCAUAUAACGGAAGUUUGACUGUAUAGAACACCUGUACAUGUAUAAGACAGACUCCUCUCUGAAAUAGAUAAUUAGAUUCGGUCAAUGUCUGAUGAGUGAAAGCAAACUGCAUCUAAUAUGAAGUUUAUAGAUUUCUACCUCAAUCACUAGCACUGAAAAUCUGUCAGUGCUUUGAUGAUAUGAGAGUUAAGGUCGUGAUCUCCCAUCAUGGAUUUUGUAACUUCCAUCCUCUAUUCUACAUGUAUAUGUAUAAGAUGUGCAUGGAAACAACAAAGGAGAAUUUGGGUGCUUUCCAUUCAACCAAAAGUCCAGUUUGAAUUUCGGCAACUUCCAGGAGCGAGUGGAACAGCAUUUUCCAAAAUUUCCAAAGAGAAGAGAACCUGGCGAGGUAUACCCAAAUUUUGGGAAACUUUUUCCUGGAAGUUUUCUUUCCAUUCAACUUUGCUCCCCGAAUUUCUUAAAUUUUCGACUGAGUUGUUCGCAUUUCGGAAAUUCAACAGUUUCGGGAAUUUUUCUUGGGAAUUUCUGUAACAUCUGCUGCUGUUUCCAAAUUUUUGAAACUUUUGGUUCAUUGAAUGGAAAGCGCCCUUUGUACAUUGAUAUUAAAAAAUAAUUAAUGAAUACGGCUGAGUUUGUUAUGAAGAAUUAUGGGGAUCGAGGAGGCUGUUAUCCUUCGAGGCCGUAGGUCAAUGCGGAUAACACCCUCCAAGAUCUCCAUAAUUCUUCAUAUGAUAUUCAAAAUAAUUCCUAGUAAACAUAGCUAAAACAUUCUUAGCUCCAUCAAUGUUAAGUUCAUCUUCGAUAGUGCACGGUUAGGGUUGUUCAGCUCUGCAGAUAUUCUCCAAAUAGCAGAUGUCACCCUUCGAGUUGUCUUCUUCCCGUUCUUGCAAUGUUUUAAGCCAUUAUUUCGCCUAGUUCUUACUGUUGAAACGAGUGAAAUGUGGGCCAUUUUUGUUUUCACAAUCAAAACAACUCAACCUCGUCCCCAGGUAUUCUUGGUUAACGGUGCAUUAACCUGAAAGAAGGCUGUACUUUUGACGUCAUAGGUUCAUUAAUCGCAAAAUUCUUCCAAAUUUGGUUAUCAGUAACUGGUUAUGGUGAAUUAUGCGUGUGCUUUUAGCCAAUCAGAAUCGGGGAAAUAUUUUGAGUGAAUAAUAAUUGAGAUUAACAGAUCGUGUUUUUCUUCUCAGGUGACAGUUCUGGGUCAGACUCAGUGCCUCAGCGGUUUCCUGGGUAUUGAUGUUCCCGCUGGUCCCCUGUGGAUUCUGGGAGAUGUGUUCAUUGGCCCAUACUACACUGAAUUUGACUUUGGCAACAAUCGUGUUGGAUUUGCCAAGACUGUGUAA